GCACGGACGGUUUCAAGUGGACGGACAAGACGGGAGUUUCUAGUCACCUGCUGCUUCCGGCAGCGAGGGUCGGUUGCUGCUUGUCUGUUUUUUGCUUCCCUCUCCGCCUCCGCCAGACUUUUUUUUUGGUGUCAUGUCUGUUGUGCUGAAUGCCCUCAACAGCGAUUCUCAUGUGGAGCUGAGCCAGUACCGGGAUCAGCACUUUCGGGGAAGCCGAUAUGAGCAGGACAAAUUGCUACGAUAUAGCUGCACUCUCUAUGUUGGGAAUUUGUCGUUUUAUACAACUGAGGAACAGAUCUAUGAACUCUUCUCAAAAAGUGGUGAUGUUAAGAGAAUCAUCAUGGGAUUGGACAAAAUCAAGAAAACUUCAUGCGGAUUCUGUUUUGUGGAAUAUUACACACGAGCUGAUGCUGAGCAAUGCAUGAGAUUUAUUAAUGGAACACGCUUGGAUGAUCGGAUCAUCAGAACAGAUUGGGAUACUGGCUUCAGGGAAGGCAGGCAAUUUGGACGAGGCAAAUCUGGCGGUCAGGUACGUGAUGAAUACAGGACAGAUUAUGAUGCCGGCAGAGGUGGAUUCGGGAAACUGGUCCAGAUGCAGAGAGUUCCAGAGCCAAGACAGAAAUUCUAAAGUUUCAGUGGCUGUCUUGAUAUUUCAGAUAAUUAAGCUAGAAUCUUUGUAGAAGAUUGGGUUUGAAGCAAAUGGCUAAUACUUGAAUGCCUGUGGCUUUAUGCUGUUCAUUCUUUCCAUAGGCCUAUUGAGUUUUUUUAAAAACGCCUGCAGAAGGAAGAUGCCUAGCUGAGGUGAAAUCACUGUCCGAUUUGUUUCUUGUAAAGUUGUAGUUUUUGUCAACUCUAAUAAAAACUGAAGAAAUGCCUGCA